UGCUGCUGUCGUCGCCGCCACUCGACGCCAGGCUGCUGCUGCAGCCGCCGCUGCCGCUCCCCGUCUCCGGGCCAAUCUAUACGUCGGCCUGGGCGUCGCCGCACAUCCAGUCGCCACCGGCGCCACCCCAAUAGUACGGCGGGCCCUCCCGCUUCGCCGGUCCCGACGGUGCGCCAUUCCACGGGGGGUCCUCCAUGGUCACAGCACCGGUGUCGACCCCCGCACGGCCGCCGCCGCCGCCCUCGGCUGCGACCACGGCGCCGGUCAUCACAUUCCAGCAUGGGAUGCCCUACGACAGGACUAUGACGACCUCGUUCCCAGCAGCGCCACCGCCGUCCCAGGACAAUCCCAUCCAACAUAUCAAGUUCCAGCCGUCGCCGGCACCGCUUCCGGCUUGGAUCGCUACCCACCACGUGUCGGCGGCGGUGAUGCUGCAGGCUGCUGCGCGCGGCCUCCUAGCACGUCGGCAUGUGCGGGAGAUGCUUGAUUUGCUGCUGCAGCUCCUCCAAGUUGCGCUUCGCGGUGCAACGGACCUCGAUCUCGUCCGUUGCGUGGGGGAUCUUGGGCAUGCGGUUUCCCCCACGGGCGGCGGGCAUGCUGUUUUUCCCACGGGCGACGACCUCCAAGUCUGCGACAUCGGCAGUCAGCCGGCGGGGAGAAGACAUGGUGUCACCGACAGGAGCGCACCGCGUAGCACCACUGCAUUCCGCCGCCGGCCGCCGCGAGGGCUCCCUUGGUCCCGAUGGUGUCCUUGGGAUCCAGGGGGCUGCAAACGCACAAGUUUGGCAUGCGGAGGAUUCUCACCUUAUCGUUCAGAGUCAAAAAUAAAGAGUCGGAGUCUCAUUCGGGUUAGCUUAUUUCAGGUCAAUACAAUAGGCCGAGAUGUAAAAGGCUUGUUUUUCAGGCGUUAGGGUUGUGUUGGGUCGAAUCGUCGUUAGGUUGCCUCGAGCUGCAUGUCCAGGUGGGGUGUAGUGUUAGAGUACGUGAUGGGCAUGGGCCCGUUAGUCUUAGGGUUUGCUUAGGGGUCAAGUAAGCCUUACUGGGAGUCAAGUAAACCUCUCUAUAUAUGGAGAGGAGAUGUAUCAAUUUAAUGAGGCAAGAAUUAAGAAGGAAAA